AUGGCUUCGUCUCUGGCGCCCGACAAACGCCCGGACUUGCGCGCCUCCGGAAAUGGAGACGUCUUCGGCGAUCCCUUCGUUACGACCUCGUCUGUUCCUGCGCACCAUCGAUUUUCCAACUUUGACCAAGAGCUCUUUGCUGCUGGUCCAGGCUCAUCACCUACUCAAGCUAAGCGUGCGCUGGAGGCCCACCUUGCAGAGACUGAUCGUCGCUUGGACGAGGCUGGCAAACUGGGAACGGCUCUGGUCUCGCAGCGGAAGCUGCUCGCAGAGCAACUGCAACAAGUCCAGAAGCUGCAGGCCGAGGGUGAGCUCGGCCCCGAGCUGCGGCAGAAAUUAGUCGACAUUGAGAGGGAAUACAACGAUCUUGCCAGAGAAUCUGCCCGAGUCUUCCUCCCCAAGCAAAGGGUUCCCAGCAACGAAGCCCACGCCGGCUCACCAUUCGUCCCUGAUGGGCGUAGCGGCAGGCGCUCAGUAAGCCCUUCUAAAUUCGAGAGUCAGGCCACUGGCUCUCCGACGAAACUCGGUGUUCCGAAUCGCAAACUUCGAAACCAACCAUCCAAUAGAGUGCAUGAUAUCGAGUUUGCGGCGGAGAUUAGCACUUCUCUCAUCGCCCAGGUCCGGAACUUGCAGACACUUCUUUCUGAACGUGAUGACGAACUGAAGGGGGCACAGUCGGAAAAGACGAGGCUUGAGAUCGAUUUGGAGGGCUUGCAGCAGCGUCUAAAGGCAUUGGAUGAGAGCGAACAUCGAUACAAGGAAGAAAACUGGAAUCUCGAGACUCGUCUACAGGAAAUCACCACCCAGCAACGAGAGGCUGCCGAUCGCGAAAAGAAACUUACGCAAGCCCUCAACCUGUCCAACUCGUCAAAGAGUUCGACGCAGAAAGAGCUUGAUGAUGCUAAGCUCACCCAGUCAAAGCUAACAGAGCAGCAUGCUGCCGCCGUGAAGCAUCUCGACAUUGAAUUGGGCACAGCAAAGCGGAACAUGGCCAUGGUGGAAAGCGAAAGAGCAGCGCUCCAACGUAAAAUUGAUGAUUUGACCAACCAGAACCAAGAGUUGGCCAAGGUUUUCUCACUGCAGCGCGGGCGCACCAUGGAGCGGGAACCGCCGUCAGGUUUGAGUGAUGACGACUUUGAAACAGCAGCCGACAACAUUACGCCUGAGCACUCGCCCCCUCCUUCGCCUGUCAAAGGCACGCCCCGGCACACAAUGCUCGAAACUGAGACCAUCAAGUCGUCUCUCCAUCAUGCGCAGAGGACAAUCCAAAGCCAACGAAGUCAGCUCCACCGCGAAAAGACCGAAAAGCUAGAGCUGAGAAGAAUCAUUCAAGACCUGCGUGAUGACUUGGAGAAGGCUAGGGCCGGCGACGCAGGUGGUGCUUCCAACCCUCGCCGUAGCCGGAAGACUGAUACAAAGGAGUUCAAGAAGCCUGCUCGACUACUAGGCAGUCUGCGAUCCAGCAGGCAAGAAAUUCUGGUGGAUGACCCCGAUUGGGAGGAUAACCCUGGCUUGCCGCCGACAAGAGGCUCCAGAAGUGGCUCACGGCCAGGUGCCGAGACUUCUCUCCAUACCCGCCUCACCGACAGUAGCGAUCAUUUUGAUACUGCUAAUGAGGCCAGCGAGUCCGCGUUUGAGACCGCCAAUGAACGGGCCACGGAGACGGAAGACUUUCAGACUGGAAACGAGGCCCUUUCCGGCAGUGACGAUGACAAUGAGACAGAGACUGAAAGCGCAUGCCGAGGAUUCGGUCGCAUGAAAAGACCCCCCAGCUUGCCUGCUGGGCUGGUGCGGGCAAAUAAUCGAGACAGUAAUCGAGACUCUUUCGACAGCACCGCGUCAACCUCGGCAGAUGAGGAUGAAGUCGCAGACAUGCGUACCCCGACGGGAACCAUUUCGUCUCAGAGAAGCCGCUUCAGACUUAGCCGCGGGCCUUUCUCCAGGAGCUCAAGACAAAACAGCGAAGAGCCUGCGUCUCAAAGAAGCCCUGCAAGCCACACUAGUGGUGGCACGCCCCAGGCUGGCGGCCAGAGCUUAUUCGCGGAACUUCAGGAUUUCGGCAGUGAUGAUGAUUCCUUGGGUGUCGCCACGCCAAGUCGUCGAAGUGUCCGAUCUGUUACUCCUGGAUCAACCCGUCGGGCUGCGUCCCCGCCUCCAGCCGUGCCAAACUUGCCCAAGAUCAUCAUGGUGGACAGUGGCGCAAUGACGGACCCUGUCACGAUUGUUCCCCAGGCGUUUGAGCGAGCCUUUGAUCGGCCAAUGUUCAUGGAUUUUGUGGCUCGUGACGAAGAUCAAAUAUCCACAACUUGGCCCAGCAGCCGAGCCAUAGGACCAGAUUUGUCUCGGCCAGCGUCGAUGUUGUCGUACAGUGAUGCUAGCAUUCACCAUGAGCAGGAUAUGGAUGCCAGUUUGGCGCAGUUUCCUGUGCCACCAAUGUCACCGUGUCCCGUCGACGCAAAUUUACUUGGACUGUCUCAGAUUCAGUUCCAGCAUAUUGAGCCUCGGGAAUUAGCAAUCGUGCCGCCCACGUCCCCGAUUUUGUCUCUGACAUCCCUUCUUGUGGAGCAUGUCGAGCCUCGGGAGGAAAUCAUUUUGCCGCCCACGCCUCCCACGCUGUCUUUGACACCUCUUAUUGUCGAGCAUGUCGAGCCUCGGGAGGAGGCUGAGGUACCCCCACCUCUGUUGACGGUGUCAAGAAUUGCAACUGAGACUCUGGAGCCUGUAAUGGAGCCAGACACUCCUCGCCCUUGCCUCACCUUCUCAUCAGUUGUAGCAGAAACAUCAGAGCCCCUCUGUACAUCACCGCCCCCGAUGAGACUGUCUAGCAUAUCUACACAAACUGUGGACUCCCCAGCCACGUCCAAGCUGACUUCUAGCAAGGCGGUAUCUGUACCCGCGACUUCCCCGACGCAACGCGAUCCCCCAAUCUCAUCCCCGAUUCUGACACUGUCCCCUGUAGUUGCAGAAGAACUCGAACCGAGGGAAGAGCAGCUGUCUGCUCCAGCUUUGGCUUCGCCUAUCUUGGAUUUUUCAGGAGUUUUCGCUCAAAACAUUGAGCCCGCGCCUGAGACGCUUCGGGCAUCGCCUGCACUUGCCCUGUCAUCAAUCACCACUCAGCAAACACAGCCAAUUUUGGCGCCUAUGGCGACGCCGCCAGCGCUUUCUUUGUCAGGUAUUUCUGUUGAGCAUACGGAGCCAGUGCAGAGCUCAGCAGCAUCGCCCACCCUUGGGUUUUCCAUCAUCAAAUCUAUUGAAACUCGCCCCUUGUCUCCUCGCAGCCCGAGAAGAGAUGCCUUCAUCAUUCCCAAGGAUUAUGCCAAUGAUCCGGAAACACCUCCUAGUAGACUGAUUGGAUCUGUCUUGGCUCGCGGGAGAAUGGAUGAUAUGGAAACAUUUAUUGCUGAAGAUGAGACGAGACAAUCGCGUCAUGGCUCUCCCGAGACAGCAACUCCAGAGUCGCAACGGCCAUUCAAAGAGAUCUCCGCCAACAGCAAUAGCCGCCUCUCCUGUAAGCAGAGCGCGCAUACAAGCGACCGGGCCGCUCAAACUGCAUUGACUGCAGACUCGAUUGAUCGACUGCUCAAAGCUGGCUCCCCACGAUCCUUUGGCCAUGUUAAGGACUCGUCCGUCAGUUCAGUGGGCAGCCCUGAGACUACAGGAACGGUGAGGAGACACAGAUCACAGGAGAGCUUCGGCUCCCCGGUCCGUCUACGAGCCAAGCCUGCGGAUGAAACCGCAGCACCCGACAGUGCGGCUAGCACCAGACCCGGAAGCGCAACCAGCGGGCGAACGUCGGCCCAAAACGUACCGCCGCUGCCCUCCAAUCAUCGCGAAAUGAUUGAGGCGGCUCGAACAACUUCGUCUCAUAGCCAGCAACAAGGCAGCAUGGGCCCUCCUCUUUGGCCGGCCUCCGCAACGAAGCCUUGGCCUCAGACACCCAGCCCUCCGACACCCAGCCAACAAGGAGUCGUGGGAGCGGGCCGAGGCAAUGCUGCCCCUCGAGCAGCUGGCACUGUUUCGAUACAUGCAGGUACCGUCGAGAUGCCGCCCCCAGGCAGAGUCACGUCUCGAUCGAGACGCUCAUCAGUGUCUUCGUUUGCGUCUGAGAUUGAUAGUCGCUUCAACAUGCGGCCAGGCGAAGUGGGAACGAAUCCCAACGGCUUUGGGCCCAACACGGAUCCUCGCAUGAUCCAGGCCAUCACUCAGACCAUGAUUGGAGAAUUUCUGUGGAAAUACACUCGGAAAACAGGCCGCGGCGAGUUAUCCGAGAAUCGCCAUCGGCGCUACUUUUGGGUACAUCCCUACACCCGGACGUUAUACUGGAGCGACAGAGAUCCGUCCACUGCUGGCAGGGCAGAGGCCAGGGCUAAAAGUGUGUCGAUUGAGGCCGUCCGUGUCGUCACAGACGACAACCCUAUGCCGCCUGGACUGCACCGCAAGAGCCUGAUUAUCAUCUCCCCCGGGCGAACAAUCAAGUUUACUUGCACAACUGGACAACGACACGAGACUUGGUUCAACGCCUUGUCGUAUCUGUUGUUGAGGACCGCACAAGGCAAUCGGACCGACGCGGAGGAGAUGGCUGGUCAAAUUACGCAGGAAGACGUCGACGAGUUCAACCCAUCGUUUGGUCGCGCGCCAGGCAACGAUUUCGUCUCCAAAACCGCUCCAUCGCUCUCGUCCUACCACUCUCACACGACGCGAAACGAGUCCCCAGCACUCGGAAUGUCGAUGAAUAUUCCCACGCUCACUCCAUCUGAGAACCACAAGCAUAGUAGUGCGACGGGCCGAACAUCAGCAGGCACUCUAAGCAAGCUCAGUGGCUACUGGCGGUCUGGAGCACCGAAGAUCACGGGGACCCUCACAGGCUUCCGCGGCCGUGGCGCAAGCAGCCAAAAUCGGGACAUUUACGAAGCCAGUGAGGCCCACGAUAGCGCCGAAGAUGUGCGGGAAAUAAUGGAACAACAGGACCGCGGGUCCGACCGUCUCGAAAACGUGAGAGCUUGUUGCGACGGCAGGCAUGAUGUGGGAAGCCUGCCGCAUACCUCACGAAGAGGACGCAACCUUGCUUCUCACUCACACCCCGGCCACUCUGUACCCGAUGCAUCCUUGGCACCUAUGCGUUCCCGAGCAUGA